UGACAAUUCAGAGCAGGUGACGUUAGGUUUUCCGUAUUGCACGGCACGCGCAGUGUUUAUCACACAGACCUCUCCGUUUCCUAAUAUAGAACAAGUUACGACGAAUUUGAUCAAACGAUAUAAUGUCUCGUUCCAAAUGAUAAUGGCUAACGUGUCCGCCGUCUUAAACAAGCCGAGUUUUUGACUGGUAAUACUUAACAUAAGGUUGAGCUCAUAGCGUUUAGCAUUUACUACAGCAUUUCGAAUGAACUGUAAUCGAGUGAUACAAGAACACGCGUUUAUAUUAACUUAUAGUAACGUGCCGACGAAACAAACAGAGCUGCUAAGCAGUAGGCUACAUGGCAACCAUGACUCGCCUUCCUGUGCUAUUGAACCUCAUAGUUCUGCCUAUUCACCUUUGGGCUGCUGUCACUCCAGAGCCCACUUCAUUUCCCAUUUCAAGCAGUGGAGAGCCAUUCCCAUGGAACAAAAUGAGACUUCCAGACACGAUAUCUCCCCUUCAUUACAAUCUCCUUAUCCAUCCUAACCUCACAAGUUUAGAUUUUACUGGAUCAGUACAGAUUCAAAUUGAGGUGCUUCAAGACACCAAGACUAUCAUAUUGCACAGCAAGAAUCUUCAAAUCUCAAGUGCAAGACUGUUAGAUGCAAAUAUAGCUCAGCAGCAGCCCCUAAAGGUGCUAGAGUACCCAUACUUCCAGCAGAUUGCACUUGUAUCUGAUAAAGCACUGUUAAAGAGAGGCCAUGUAUACUCAGUAGAACUGCAUUUUGCUGCCAACCUCUCUGAGAGCUUUCAUGGAUUUUACAAAAGCACAUACCGCACCAGUAAAGGAGAUGUCAGGGUUGUGGCUUCCACACAGUUUGAGGCGACCAGUGCCCGUGCCGCCUUUCCCUGUUUUGAUGAACCUGCCUUCAAAGCAAACUUUUCAGUGCAGAUUCGCAGAGAAGCAAAACACAUUGCCCUCUCUAAUAUGCCUAAGCUGAGAACAUUGGAGCUGAAAAACGGCCUGUUUGAGGAUCAGUUUGAUGUGAGCGUAAAAAUGAGCACAUACCUGGUGGCCUACAUUGUCUCUGACUUUCUCUCUAUCAGCAAGACAAGUCAGCAUGGAGUCCAGAUUUCAGUGUAUGCUGUGCCAGAGAAGAUUGACCAGGCCGAGUUUGCUCUGGAUGCUGCAGUGAAGUUGCUUGACUUCUAUGAUGACUACUUUGACAUACCUUACCCUCUUCCCAAACAGGAUCUCGCCGCCAUCCCAGACUUUCAGUCUGGAGCGAUGGAGAACUGGGGUCUGACCACUUAUCGGGAAUCUGCCCUUCUUUUUGACCCGCACAAGUCUUCUGCUUCUGACAAGCUUGGAAUCACAAUGAUCAUCGCUCAUGAACUGGCCCAUCAGUGGUUUGGUAAUCUGGUGACCAUGCAGUGGUGGAAUGAUCUGUGGCUGAACGAAGGUUUUGCCAAGUUCAUGGAGUUUGUGUCUGUUAACAUCACCAAUCCUGAACUGCAAGUUGAGGAUUAUUUCCUAGGAAAGUGUUUCGAGGCCAUGGAAGUAGACUCUUUAAGCUCUUCUCAUCCAGUGUCCACACCAGUGGAGAACCCUGCUCAGAUACAGGAAAUGUUCGAUGAUGUUUCCUAUGACAAGGGGGCUUGUAUUCUGAACAUGCUGAGAGAGUUUCUGACCCCAAAGAUAUUUAAGUUGGGCAUUGUGAAGUAUCUAAAACACUACAGCUACCAGAACACAGUCAAUAGUAACCUGUGGGAAAGUCUGACCAAUGUUUGUGAUUCCGAUGGUCUGGAUGAGGGCCGACUGAAGGGUGAUGAGUCCUGUCGGCAUUCAGCCUCAAACACUGGAGCUUCUAAAUGGCACUCUGAGGAUGAGCUGGAUGUUAAGGCUAUGAUGGAGACGUGGACAUUGCAGGAGGGCUUUCCUCUCAUUACCAUAGCUGUCAAAGGGCGGGAAGUCAGGCUGAGUCAAGAACGUUACCUCAAGAGUGACGACCUAUCACAAACAUCCAGCUUCCUGUGGCAGGUGCCAUUGACUUAUAUUACCAGUGACUCAACAACAGUGCACCGCUUUCUGCUAAAGACCAAAACAGAUGUGCUGUAUCUGCCGGAGGAGGUGGACUGGAUCAAGUUUAAUGUGGACAUGAGUGGAUAUUACAUUGUGCACUAUGAGGGCUCAGGCUGGGAUGACCUCAUUACGCUGCUCAAACACAAUCACACUGCGCUCAGCAGCAACGACCGUGCCAGUCUGAUCAACAACGCCUUCCAGCUGGUCAGUGUUGGCAAACUUCCUCUGGAUAAGGCUUUGGAUCUGACCUUGUAUUUAAGCAAAGAAACAGAGAUAAUGCCAGUGACUCAGGGCUUCAAUGAGCUUGUGCCUCUCUACAAACUGAUGGAGAAGAGAGACAUGGUGGAGCUGGAGAACCAGAUGAAGGGCUACAUCCUGCAGCUGUUCCAGAAGCUGAUCGAGCAGCAGUUGUGGACAGAUGAAGGCUCUGUGUCUGAGAGGAUGCUGCGCAGUUACCUGCUGCUGUUCGGCUGUGUGCGCGGACAUCCACCCUGCGUCAGCAACGCCACACAGCUCUUCAACCUCUGGAGGGACUCGGAUGGAAACAUGAGUCUUCCUAAUGACGUUACUAUGGCUGUGUUUUCUGUUGGCGCCCGGACUGAGGAUGGCUGGGAUUUCCUGUUUGAGAAGUACAAGGAGUCCAUGUACGUCUCGAUGAAGAGCAGAAUUAAGCAGGCGCUCAUGACCAGCCCACUCGAUCACAAGCUCAAAUGGAUGAUGGAGCAGAGUUUGGAAGGAGAGCUGAUCAAGACUCAGGAUCUGCCGUAUGUGGUGACCUCAGUCAGUAGAAAUCCCAAAGCAUACAAACAUGCAUGGGACUUUUUACAAGCUAACUGGGACUCCCUGAUUAAGAAGUUUGACCUCGGCUCACACUCUAUAGCGCACAUGGUAGUAGGAGUGACCAACCAGUAUUCGACCAGAGAAAUGCUGGCUGAGGUUCGUAAUUUCUUCAGUUUGCUGCAGCCUGAGACUGGAGCAGAACUGAGGUGCAUUCAGCAGGCCGUGGAGAACAUUGAAGAGAACAUUCGCUGGAUGGACAAGAACUUGCCGCUGCUGAAGGCCUGGCUGCACAGAUACUAUGACCAGCAAAAAAAUACAGAGCUGUGAUCUGCUUCUGCUGUAAAUGUUUAUCAAAACGAGUGUAUGAGUUUUAUCUUGCGAUUUAGAAUGCUGGAGUUCAUAAGAAAGGAAAAAUAAUGUUUGAAAAGUCUCUGAAUUUGUGAAUAUUGGGUGAAUAUUAUUAAACAGUUGUACCAUUUCUUAUAAAGGUUUAAUUUAAGAUUUUUUUUCUCUCCAACUUUUAAUAUAUGAAAUAAACUUUUGAUAUGGACUGGAUUACAUUUGUGAUAGCUUUAA